GGCACAGGUGGGUGCACUGCUGGGCAUGGGUGGGCGGAGCUAGUGGGCGCACUGCUGGGCGGAACUUGCGGGUGUCACUGCUGGGCACCGAUCAUCAGGGCACUGAUCAUCAGUUCCCUGAUGAUCGGUGCCGAUCCCCGCUCUGACAACUGCCGGUUCUCGGCAGUACUUUCCUCACGAUCUGACAGCUGCCGGUUCUCGGCUGCACUUUCCUCACGCUGUCAGAUCGUGAGGAAAGUACUGCCGAGAACCGGCAGUUGU